UGUUCUCUUCUGUCUGAUAUGCAUCAAGCAGCGUUUGAAAAGACAAUACAUGCUUACUACGGAUCGUGACGUAGCGAGCCGAAGGACGGGGAAAGGUACGGGAACAAAAUAUUUGCAUACUUACGGAAGCCGUGGGUUAUUAGAAUGUUCAACGAGCGUUCCGCACAUUGGCUGCCCCGUUAAGCAAAUCUCUACUCAUUCCGGAUGACUUGGCGCUUUCAAGGCCUUCGCUCGAAUGUGCUUCAUAUGAAGGGCCGUCCCUGGCACUCGAAGCACAAUAUUUUUCUUGCACCUGCCAUGAACCAGUCGACGGAGAUAAACCUGCACCAGUACUACAUACUCUUGGCCGACUCCAGAACGCGGUCAUGGCCUCUAAUGGGAAGCCCAGUGCCGAUCGCAAGUAUCAUCGCCUUCUAUUUGCUCUUCGCCACACACCUCGGACCUCGUUUGAUGAGAGACCACAAGCCACUGAACAUCAGGAGGAUCGUCUGCAUCUACAACGUCAUCAUGGUGUGCCUCAGCUUUUAUUUCAUCUACAUUUCCAUCCAGUACGUGGUGAUGUUUAAAGGGGGGUACCUGCUCUGUCUGCCAUCGGACUCUCGUGCGUCACCCGAGAACAUGUACUUCCUGACGCGAGCCUGGUACUAUCUCCUCAUGAAAGCUGGUGAGAUGCUCGACACUGCGUUCUUCGUCCUGAUGAAGAAGGACUCCCAUUUGUCGUUCCUGCACAUACUUCACCAUUCGCUCGCCUUGUGGUCCGUGUGGUUGACGCUUACAAUUGGAGUGACGGGACAGGUGUAUUCCUUCCCGCUGUUGAAUUCGGCCGUGCAUGUAGUGAUGUACAGUUACUAUGCCAUGGCUGCGAUGGGGCCCAGUGUGAAGCGACACCUGUGGUGGAAGAAGUACGUGACGCUCUGCCAGAUCGCUCAGUUUGUGCUGCUUUCGUGCCACGCGUUAAUUCCCGUGUUCGUGGACUGUGGUUUUCCCAAGUUCCUCUCCGCUGUGGGAGCGCUCGAAGGGUUCCUUUUCGCUGCCUUGUUUUCGGACUUUUACUAUACCCGCUAUGUGAGAAAAGUAAAGAAAGUGACAUGA